CCGUCCGGCCCGAAGUCCGCGUUGUCAGGUGAUCUAUUGCCGAGGCGGUCGCCGCCCCCUACACCAGUGGAAAACGUGGAAUGGCCCUCGGGGGCAGUGAGGGGCCGGGGACCUGCCUCAUCCGUGCCCCCCAGCCUGCAGGCUGUAGCGCCGCGCCGGGUCCGCGUGCAGCCACCUCCAGUCCCUCGGCUGGGGCCCCGGCGUGAGCCCCGCGCCCCGCGCCCACAUGGGGCUGUGCCACAGCCUCCGGCCGCUGCUCUUCGGGGACCCGGAGCCGCCCUUGGAGGGGGCGCGGUCCGGUCCAGACCAUACCCCGGACCAGAACCUGACCCCGGUCCCGACCCCGGUCCGAACCCCGGCGGGGGCAGGCGCGGCGCGGACCCCCGCGCAGAAAGAGAGGCGGCGGCGCGCGGACCAGCAGCGCGCGGAGGAACGCGAGGCCAGGCGGGUCAGCAGGAGCAUCGACCGCCGGCUCCGCGAGCAGAAGCGCGACCUGCGGCGGACUCACCGGCUGCUGCUGCUCGGGGCUGGUGAGUCUGGGAAAAGCACUAUCGUCAAACAAAUGAGGAUCCUGCAUGUCAAUGGAUUUAAUCCCGAGGAGAAGAAACAGAAAAUUCUGGACAUCCGGAAAAACGUUAAGGAUGCUAUUGUGACGAUUGUUUCGGCGAUGAGUACUAUAAUUCCCCCAGUUCCACUGGCCAACCCAGAAAACCAGUUUCGAUCAGACUAUAUCAAGAGCAUAGCCCCCAUCACUGACUUUGAAUAUUCCCAGGAAUUCUUCGAUCACGUGAAGAAGCUCUGGGAUGACGAAGGUGUGAAGGCCUGCUUCGAGAGGUCCAACGAGUACCAGCUCAUCGACUGCGCCCAAUACUUCCUGGAGAGAAUUGACAGCGUCAGCCUGGUGGACUACACGCCCACAGACCAGGACCUCCUCAGGUGCAGAGUUCUGACGUCAGGGAUUUUCGAGACACGAUUCCAAGUGGACAAGGUCAACUUCCACAUGUUUGACGUCGGAGGCCAGAGGGACGAGAGAAGAAAAUGGAUCCAGUGCUUCAACGAUGUCACCGCCAUCAUCUACGUGGCCGCCUGCAGCAGCUACAACAUGGUGAUCCGGGAAGAUAACAAUACCAACCGCCUGCGGGAGUCCCUGGACCUUUUCGAGAGCAUCUGGAACAACAGGUGGUUACGGACCAUUUCCAUCAUCUUGUUCUUGAACAAACAGGAUAUGCUGGCAGAAAAAGUGUUGGCAGGGAAAUCAAAGAUUGAAGACUAUUUCCCAGAGUACGCAAAUUAUACUGUUCCUGAAGACGCGACACCAGAUGCGGGAGAAGAUCCCAAAGUCACAAGAGCUAAGUUCUUCAUCCGGGAUCUGUUCUUGCGCAUCAGCACGGCCACGGGCGACGGCAAGCACUACUGCUACCCGCACUUCACGUGUGCCGUGGACACAGAGAACAUCCGCCGCGUCUUCAACGACUGCAGGGACAUCAUCCAGCGGAUGCACCUCAAGCAGUACGAGCUCCUGUGA